AUGCCGACAUGCAAAAGAGUUUUGAUAUUUGGAGCAACCGGGCUUAUUGGAAGUCGCAUUACGCGUGAAAUCGUGCGAAACAAGCACAAGUUUGAGAAGAUUGCUAUCUUCACGUCACCAGGUUCCUAUGAAUCGAAGGCGGACGAACUCAAAAGCUUGGAAAAGGAAGGGGUAGAAAUCUUCGUAGGCGAUUUAAACAACUCGGCCGACGUGGCCAAAGCCUACCAAGACAUUGAUACUGUGGUUUCGUGCCUCGGCAGAAAUGUGCUUGAACGUCAACUCGAACUGAUUAAGCUUGCCAACGACAGUCCUUCGGUCCACCGGUUUUUCCCAUCCGAAUAUGGAACCGAUAUCGAGUAUGGGCCGUCUUCUGCCCACGAAAAACCACAUCAAUUGAAGUUGCGGGUUAGAAAAGCGUUGCAGGCUUGUGACAACCUGGACUACACCUAUGUGGUCGUCGGGCCAUACGCCGAUGGAGACCCCGGCCUCUAUUUGAGCGUAAAUCCCAUUACCAAGGAAGCUGGAACGUUCGACGUUAAGAACAAAGAAGCUGUAUUGUUCGGGGAUGGGAAUCUCAAGAUCAGCUUCACCACUAUGAAAGACACUGGCAAACUCGUGGCUCUUGCUCUCCUCCACCCGGAAGCAAGCCGGAACAAGGCACUACGAGUCAACUCUUUUACGGCCACCGACUCGGAAAUUCUCAAAGAGUUUGAAAAGCAAACGGGUGGAGAGCCGUGGAAAGUGUCCUACACUAGCCUUGAUGAUUUGAAGAAGCUCGAGCAGGAAGCUUGGGAUGCUGGAAAGCCGUGGGCCGCCCUCUUCACCCUGAGGAGAAUUUGGGCCGAAGGAGGCACCCUGUACGACAAGCGAGACAAUUACCUGAUCGAGGCAGAGGACGUGAUGGAGACUCUGGCAGAUGCUGUUGCCGAAGCCAUCAGAGUUCAAACGCGUUGA